UGCCGUUUCUGGAAGUUUCCAAGAAGAACCUGCAGGAGAUAAUUUCUACAACUGCUCUGUCCAUGUUAGAGGUCCCUGUCCACGAGUAUAUACAGAAAGUUUCCUGCCCUGCUCUGAGCACCCCUCCGGAUGGCAGAAAGUUUGGGAGCAAGUACUUAGUGGAUCACGAAGUCCAUUUUACCUGCAACGCUGGCUUCCGGCUGGUUGGGCCCAGCAGCGUGGUGUGUCUUCCCAACGGCACCUGGACGGGAGAGCAGCCCCGCUGUAGAGAUAUCAGCGAAUGCUCCAGCCAGCCUUGUCAGAAUGGUGGCACGUGUGUGGAAGGUGUCAACCAGUACAAAUGCAUUUGUCCUCCGGGAAGGACAGGGAGCCGCUGUCAGCAUCAGGCCCAGACUGUCGCCCUCGAGGGCAGCGAGGAGGGGGACCCCGCCUUCAGCCGCGCGCCGCGAUGCGCGCAGGUGGAGCGGACGCAGCACUGCAGCUGCGAGGCCGGAUUCCACCUGAGCGGCGCCGCCGGCGACAGCGUCUGCCAGGAUGUGAAUGAAUGCGAGCUCUACGGACAGGAGGGGCGCUCCCGGCUCUGCAUGCACGCCUGUGUGAACACCCCUGGCUCCUACCGCUGUGCCUGCCCCAGCGGAUACCGGACCCUGGCCGAUGGCAAGAGCUGUGAGGAUGUCGAUGAGUGUGUGAGCCCGCAGCACGUGUGCCCCCGGGGUACCGUGUGCAUCAACACGGGUGGAGGCUUCCAGUGCGUCAGCCCCGAGUGCCCUGAGGGCAGCGGCAAUGUGAGCUACGUGAAGACCUCUCCGUUCCAGUGUGAACGGAACCCCUGCCCCAUGGACAGCAGGCCCUGCCGCCACAUGCCCAAGACCAUCUCCUUCCAUUACCUCUCUCUGCCCUCCAACCUGAAGACGCCCAUCACGCUCUUCCGCAUGGCCACGGCCUCGGCCCCCGGCCGGCCUGGACCCAACAGCCUGCGAUUUGGGAUCGUGGGUGGGAACAGCCGCGGCCACUUUGUGAUGCAGCGCUCAGACCGCCAGACAGGGGAGCUGAUCCUGGUCCAGACCCUGGAGGGACCUCAGACACUGGAGGUGGAUGUUGACAUGUCCGAAUACCUGGACCGCUCCUUCCAGGCCAACCACGUGUCCAAGGUCACCAUCUUUGUGUCCCCUUAUGACUUCUGAGGGUGCCAUGGGGUCACGGUGUGCAGCAAUCUGGGCUCAUUUCUCUUCCUCAAAGACUCAGCUGCAGGCGUUGACUGCAAGAGACAUCUCUCCCCAGCCUGCCCACUGCCCAUCUGCCUGUCCCCUACGUUCCUAGGGCAGCGCUGCACUCUGUCCCAGGAAGUGGCACCAAAGCACAGCCCCAAAACCCAAACUACUGCCAUCACACGUUUUUCUGCUUUAAGGCCCUCCCCUUAGAUUAUGCACUUUCACCAAUUUUUUUUUUUUUUUUUUACAGAGGAAUGGGCAGCUUUUCAAAAUGCUGUGUUGAGUGGCAUUGUGAGCUUGAACUAGCUAGGGAGGGGAGAGCUUAUGGCAUGUGUCUGAGAUGAUUGUCCAGCCUCCUGUAUUGUUAUAGUCAAGCCUUGUUAUGAAGUAGUUCUGGUCAUGCUGAGGGUCAAAUCAUGCCCCUGUGCACGCGGCAUGGGAUGGGGGGGCAGGAUUCCCUUCCACGACCCAGCACGUUCUUGUCUGCAUUCCCCUCUGUGACACGCCUGCCAGCCUUCUCAUCAGAGAGCCGUGGCAGGGCCUGGACCCCAGUGCAGAUUCAUCCAGAUCAAGGAACCAAUGUUCACGUGUAGAUUUUGCCUGAAUUCAUUCCCUUUUGAGAAAUCAUAUCUCAAAACGUAACCUGGUAUUAUAACUGAAGAAAUAAAGUCUGUGGCUCCUCCCUGCCCACCUGGCCUGUCCCUGACCGUGAGCUAGCCCAGUUCCUCCUAGGAGGGGGGUAACUGGUCCUCUUCCUGUCUAGGCUGGACCCACUGGGAUAAAUGAAUAAGAUAACACAGAGGUGACGCUGGGAUUGCUCCAUCAACAGAAAUUUGGUUUGGCCACAUGGGAAAUUGAUAAGGCAACAUCUGGCCAUGGAGAGUUUGAGAAAAUGCUUGUGAACUGCCAUUGAUUCCAGGACCUUCUACUUCUGAUGGAGGAGCCCAGGGGUGACGCCCUCCAGGUGACUGAGGAAAAAAAAUGCCUGCGGGGGCUGGGAGUGGGGUGGGGGAGACCGUUUAAGUGACAAUUUAGAAGCUAGCUGAGCUGUCAGGAAAUGCAUGUUCAUCCAGGUGCGAUUUCAUCACCGACAUCCUAUUGAAAAAUUCUUUGUAUUGGCCUUGGUGUGAGGUGGAGCCAGAGGAAGCAUGCUGACAGUUUAGUGAUCAAGCCCUACAUCAAGGUGGUUCCUAGGACACCUCUCUUGUGUGUUAUUAUGUCAGACAAAGUGAGACAUGGUCAAGAGUUGCUUCUGACAUUUUUCUCCCCCUCUGGGCUCAGCUGUAAUCUCUCCAACAACAGAACAGGGGCCUGGCACAUCUGCUUCCCUGGGUUGUUACAGGAUGUUAUUAAAACUAUCAUCCAUGGCCUCGUGUUUCCAAAUGGUGCUCUGAUGGGUCAGAAGCCCACACACCACCCUGUCGCCUGUGCAGAACACCAGGUGGGCGGGUCCAAGGCAUGGCCAUGCUCCUGAAAGUACGUCGCAGGUGUGUGACCUACCUUCUUGCCAGGGGUAGGGUGGGUAGUGCCGAAGGACAAGUCUCUUACCUCCCAGCAGGUAAGGAGUGAUUUGGGGGCACUACAGAGCAGGUGGCCCUCCCCCCAAACUUGUGUAGGAUGAUGACUUGGAUGCCACACAGGCCAAGCGAAACCAAUGAUUUGCAUCACCGAGAUCUGCCAUCAUCAAACCUGCUUCCCGUCUAUGAAAUGCCACGCUGAGCCCCAGCCCUUACAGUACCCACCUAUGAAUGCCUGCCUGAAUCCACCCUCUUGUGGAUUAUGCCUGGCCCUUCCUCCCUGGGGGAUAGCUUGUUCUCUAGCCUCUCUCAACUUUCCCCUAUGGAAACCAACCUCUCCUGUGUCCUUUCAUAGCUCAAAUCUGUGCUAGGUCAGAAGAGCUAGCAGUUAACAGGUAUUAAUUUGCAGCCCUUUCCAAGUAAUACAGUUUCAUGUUAUUUGGCAAGGAGCUUCUAAAACUUUUUAUAAGGUACCACUGCAAACAUAUACCAAAGUACAGACAAUAGAAUGAACCCCAUUUCCAAAUCACCAGCUUCAACAAUCAACUCACAGCCAAUCUUGCUUCAUCUCUGCUCUCACCCCACCCCACGAUGAUUUUGAAGCAGAUCCUGGACCUCACAUCAUUUCAUCUGUAAAUAUUUCAGCAUUAUCUCUAAACCAUUAAGAACUUUUCAAAAAGCAUAACCUCAAUAUCAAUCAAUCAUACCUAAAAAAAUCAGCAAUAAUUCCUUAAUACCUUCAAAUAUUUAGUCAUUGUUCAAGUUUCUGAGUGGCUUGUGGAUUUUUUUGUUUGAAUUAGGUCCAUGCUCUGUAAUUUGUUGAUUCACUUCUUAAACCUCUAAUCUGUAGCAGUGGUUCUCACGGUUUAGCAUAUAUUGAGAUAACCUGGAGGCUUGUUGGAAGAAGCCUCCUUUGUCCUUGUUAGAAGGUCCUUUGUCCUAUAGAAUUUCUCACAGUCUGGGUUUUCCUGAGUCUGUCUCUGUAGUGUCUUCUUUUUUUUUUUUUUUAAUAUUUUUAUUGGAGUAUAAUUGCUUUACAUUGUCUGUAGUGUCUUUUAACAUGGUCCUCUGUCCUAUUUAUUUCUUAUAUAUCAGUAGUUAUAUCUAGAAAUUCAAUCAGACUCCAGUUAGGUUUAUUUUCGCAAGACUACUUUAUUGGUGGUGAUAGGUACUUCCAGGGGGACCCAUAUCAUCUCCAGUUGCCUCUCUUUUCUGAUGUUAGCAACUAUUGAUGAUUAUUCAAUAGAUCCGCUACUUCUUUAGGGGUUGCAAAUAAUAUUCUAGUGCUACUGUUUCUUCGUUUAUUAGCUGGCAUACCUUACAAGGAGAAACUUCAUCAGUUAUUUGGUUACCCUGAGGUUUGGUUUGUACAGGAAAGACUGGAUACAUUUUUGACUUUUUCCCCUUUGUCAGUUUCCAAGGUGGUUCCCUGGCAUCUUUCCAAGCUGUCCAGGGAGAGUUGUGCUCUUAUUGGAUACAUUAUGAACUCAUGGUUUAAACAUAUUUGAUAUGUAUGUUUCAAUCCAUUGCAGUUAUUAUCUUUCCUGUCACUCAGAUUGUCCUCUUUGGCUCUUGUGAACUGCUUCAAGUUGGCUGAUUCUUUUUGACAUGACCCUAGUGGUCUUUAAGAGUUUUGUAGUGAUCUUGUAUGACAAGAUGUUUCAAGCUCAUCUUGUAUAUUUUAUGCUCCAGCCCUGAAGUUAUCGAUUUUUUUACCCAGGGAUCCCUGGUUCCUUUCAGUGGGGAAUGGUCAUUAGAGAUCAAAAUCUGAGUGUAAGGAGGGCUCAUUGGUAGUGGUUUGGUCAUUGUUUCUUGGUUUUAGUGGAAAGAGCUAGGAAAUAAGUACUAUUCAUUUUGUUUUGUUUUGUUUUAAGAAGAAACACUACAUGAGUUUAUACUGAUACUUCCAAUUCAGCUCAGGAGUACAGGGUUUUUCAUGUAACCUCAUUGAUCUUACAUCUGCUCUUUUUUCUCUCAUUCUGAAGACCUCCUUCUCAAAAUCACCAAAAUAAUUACACAUUGUUUUAAAUCCUCAGAAUAACAAUGCAAUGGUAACAAAAUUAGCAUCAAAAAAUUACUGAAAACAGUUAAGAUUUUUCUUUCUCAGUUCUUUUUGUCCUUAGGGUUCAUGCUAUUAAGGAUGUACAAUCAAAUAACUUGGAAUAGUUCCUCUCUCUGUGGUUAUGCCCCAAGCUUGAAUCAGGGUUAUGGUUAUUUGCUUUGUUUUCCUUAAAUUUUUAGAGAUUGCUUUUUUUACUUUAAUUUUUAAAAGGAAUUGUGUAAACUAUUUACAUGGUUCCAAAGUCAAAUUCACAAAAUGAGCUGUAAUCAGAGAAGUCUAUAUACUAACCCAGUCCCCUCCACCCUAUGUCCUCCUUCUACCAUAGAUAAUCAAGUUUUUUCCAUUUUACCCUUCCAUUUAAAAACAUAUAAACACAUGAUAAAUGAUAGCAUACUAAUUCAUUUCACACUUUCCUUGAUCUUGCUUUUUUUCCUUGACAGUAUAUUGAAUAUUAUCCCAUAGAACCAGAUAGAAUGUUCUCCUAUAAAAUGCUCCAUUAUGAGGACAUACCAUUGUUUAUUCAACCAGUCACCCUUGAUUGACAUUUGGGUUUUUUCCAGUCCGU